AUGGACAUGGAGAAGCCAUCCAAGGUACCGCUGGUGAUUCCGGGGUCAGGAGCCAACUUCAACCUGGAAGAGCCACAGAAGUUGGCCGCGUACCUGAAGUACGCAGACAUCCGCCUUCUUCGGGUCAAGUACCUCUACGAGCUCUUGUGUAACGGGCGGUUGCUGCCCCGACGUCAGGAAGCCGAAGAGUGGGGCCUCGUAAGCCACGAGGAGGUGAGUGAGUGGGCGGCAGGGGCCCGAGACGCGAUGCUUAUUUCUGUUUCACAUGCUUGGGAGACCCGUGAACACCCCGAUCCCUGCGGCGACCAGUUGAAGCGGCUGGUCAGCUGCUUAAGCCUCUACGAUGCUGCCUAUUUUUCUGAGAUCUGGGUGUUUUACGAUUACACAUCUCUCUUUCAAUACGAGCGGCAGACCAAGGCGCAAAACGAGAGCUUUCACAGAUCCAUGAGUCACAUGCAUAUGUGUUACGCCCACGAAUGCAACUGGACUGUUCGCUUGGAAGCUCUCACCCCAGACGAUGUCUGGGACGCCGCACUGCAGAACUCGGAGCAUCUUGUGAUGGUGUAUGAUGUUGAGAGCAAGACCGUCCGAGGCCGUCCCCUCAAGGAGCUAAAGCACAACCGCGUCCCGUAUCGGGAUAGAGGCUGGUGCAAGGCCGAGGUGGAGUGGUCCUCUUGCAGGAGCCGGUCCGAGCAGAACCAGCGGAUCGACGCUUCGGGGUCCGAAGCGACCUCCGAAAGCGAGCUAAAGGGCAAAGUCCCAAUGGCUCCCGCAGUCUUCCAAGAGGACAUGAAGAAAGCCGAAUUCACGCAUCGGAACGAUGCUGGAGAAGUGCAGAAGCUGCAGCAGGAUAUUUACCACGAGAAAGUCGCGGCAUGCGAAGAGGCGCUGCUGGCAAACUUGCCGGAAGGCGAGUUGGGCCGGCUGGCCAAAGCCCUGAAAGAUUACAGGAAGCUGAAGGUCCUGCGCCUCCGCAACAUUGAGGUGGGUGAGGUAGAGGCCGAGGAGUUCUGCAAGGCACUUGGGCUCAAUGACACAAUCACAACGCUGGAGAUCAAAGUCGCUGAAUUGCGUCGUCGGGAUGGGUGCUUGGCUCUGUUGAAGGCCCUCGGAGAUGCCCUGAAGUCCAAUCGUACCGUCACCCACAUCAACCUCAGAGGCAACGAUAUCGGAGCCGAGGAUGCCAAGGCACUCGCAGAUGCUCUGAAGUCCAACCGCACCGUAACCCACAUUGAUCUGGGAGUGAACAGUAUCGGAGACGAAGGUGCCAAGGCACUGACAGAUGUGAUAAAGUCCAACCGCACCGUAACCCACAUCGACUUCGGCCACUAUCCCAACGAUGUGGGUUACUUCGCCGCCAAGGCGCUCUUUGACGCCCUGAGGGCCAACCGUACCGUCACCCACGAAGACGAGGGCGCCAAGGACAUCGAAGAAGCGGUGAAGGACUCUGCAGAUGCAACGAAGUCCCAAGCUUGGACGGGAAGAGCGCGCAUCGAGGCUCUCGCAUCGCAGCUGACGAUCAACAGUGCCAUCACUCGUCUAGAACUCGCAAAGAAGAAGAUCACGGCAGAGGACUGCCAGGCACUCGCAGAUGCUUUGGAGUCCAACCUUACCGUCACGUUGGUCAGCUUACCUGGCAACAAGAUCCGAGACGAGGGUGCCAAGGCACUUGCACAUGCGUUGAAGUCCAACCGUACCAUCACCCACAUCGACCUCGAAAACAACAGCAUCGGAGACGAGGGGGCCAAGGCGCUCGCAGAUGCCCUGAAGUCCAACCGCACUGUCAGCGACAUCGACCUCAAAGACAACAAGAUUGGAGUCGAGGGCGCCAAGGCACUCGCAGAUGUGCUGAAGUCCAACCUUUCCGUCACCCUCAUCAACCUCGAAUGCAACGCUGUCGGAGGCGAGGGCGCCAAGGCACUUGCAGAUGCCCUGCAGUCCAACCGUUCCGUCGCUCGCAUCAACCUCGAAAGCAACACUAUCGGAGACGAGGGCGCCAAGGCACUGGCAGAUGCCCUGCAGUCCAACCGUUUCGUCACCGCUAUCGGCCUCAAAGACAACAAGAUCGGAGUCGAGGGCGCCAAGGCACUCGCAGAUGUGCUGAAGUCCAACCUUUCCGUCACCCUCAUCAACCUCGAAAGCAACGUGAUCGGAGGCGAGGGCGCCAAGGCACUUGCAGAAGCCCUGCAGUCCAACCGUUUCGUCACCGCCAUCGGCCUCAAAGACAACAAGAUCGGAGUCGAGGGCGCCAAGGCAGUGGCAGAUGCGCUGAAGUCCAACCGCACCGUCACUUGCAUCACGCUCAGUUGGAACGAGAUCGGAGACCAGGGCGCCAAGGCACUCGCAGAUGCUCUGAAGUCCAACCGCAUCGUAACCCACAUUGAUCUGGGAGUGAACAGUAUCGGAGACGAAGGUGCCAAGGCACUCGCAGAUGCCCUGAAGUCCAACCGCACUGUCAGCGACAUCGGACUCCGGCUUAACCAUAUCGGAGACGAGGGCGCCAAGGCACUCGCAGAUGCUCUGAAGUCCAACCGCACCGUAACCCUCAUUGAUCUGGGAGUGAACAGAAUCGGAGACGAUGGUGCCAAGGCGCUGGCAGAUGCGCUGAGGACCAACCCCACCGUCCACAUCAACCUCGAAUGCAACAGAAUCAACAACGAGAGCACGAAGGCACUCCUCGACGAGUCCUUCCGUAUUGCCUUCGAUCGUCACACAGGCGCCCAGGUAUUUCCCAUAAUUCGUGACGUUCUUGGCGAGAUGUACUUCGCAAGCUUGGCAUGGUACGUUCUAGUUUCACAGUUUUUGCUUAGGGGCUACUCCGCCCUUCAGAGAUCAGCGGGCUCCCAAAGGGCUACCCCGCUACUCCGCACGCCAAUGUCGGGGCAGACGGAGCAGGAGAGGUUGGCGCGUCAGUUGGCGCUGGCAUCGAGACAGUACAGUGAGCAGGCGGAGCUCACGGCGCAGCCGGUCUACUCCGCCACGCAGACCUUGUUUUUCGAGGAGAGGCGCGCCAACAAGAGAGGACCGCCAACGCCUUCUAUGUCGUCGAUGGGCACGCCGGGAGGACCUAUGGGAGUAGGAGGUGCGCAGACCACCCCGACUACUCCGCAAGGCCGGCAGUCGCUUUUUCAGCCCAUUCCGCUCGACCAGGAGGCUUCUAUUCAGGCCACGGCUUUUGCAGCCGGAGUGGAGGCCAACGACCCGGCCAAUGUGAAGCGCUGGUUGGGGGAGGCUAUUACUACGCGCCAACAGGUUCUGGAGACAGUUCGCCACUACCACACCGCAGUACUACGCCCAGAGCUGUACAAUAUGAUCACCCAGGUUGAGCAUGCUUUGGUGGCUUUCGACGACCGUCUACUCCGCCAAAGCAAGGAACUGAGCUGGAUGGUUUCGGAAAAUCGUACCACGCAGAGGCAGCAGGCGGCACUGGUCGUCAUCCUGACAGGGUGGUCUAACACUAUGCCACCAGAGGACAGGCUCUACAUGGUCACCUGGUUGCUACAGCAGGUCACGGCAGUUCGCCAUUUUCUGCAGACGCGAGGAUACAAGCUGGACGACGACUCCGCCGACAAGGUUUGGCUGAACUGCCUUACCACCGACCCGUCCACUCCGCCAGCAGGAGAGGGGAAAUGGAGCAAUAUUACUUUGAUCCAUUUCAAGAGUUGGGACCUUCGUCGUGCUUUCAUGGAGCAACAUGGAGGGUCUUCUGGAGUACCCCUCUACCAGGAUGGGUCUACUCCUAUUCGGGGCCACCACAUUCGAGCAACACCUUCGUCACCACAAUUCCAGCGAAAGCUCGAGAUACCCAUACGGGUAAUCCUGCAGGCCCUCAAUGUGCAGUCUGGGCAGCCUUCUCAGGUCGUUAUCCUGUGGAAAACCCUGACCAUAAUGGCUCCACAGGAGGUCAGGGCUUUCGAUCCACAGAUCAAGGCGAUGGCAAGGCUCCACUACUACUCCUCCGACGACAAGCUCCAGGGCACACUCGAGAUCACCACGGACCUCUUCGAGAUCCUCAAUGCUACUCCGCCAGCUGAGCUCAUGACCGAUGAGCCCAGCAUCUGGACUUAUUGUUGGAACAAGGUGGUGUUCGGCCCGCAGCACGAGUUGGACGUUGCUGAGAGGGAUCUUUUUAAACAUGCCGCGGGAGCAGCCAAAGGCAGCUCCAAGGGCAUCAGUGUUGGGAAGGGUGGUCGGCAUUGGACGGCCCCUCUCAUCUACUCCGCCCAGCUCAAUCCCUUCCCGAUUGAUUUGUACAUUUCGAAGGUCUCGGACGUCGCUUUUGUAUGGGAUGAGUACUGCGACAAGUUCAAGGAGACCAGCUCCAAAGUGGGCAGCUACAAGCAGGCUACUUACCAAGGUGCGCCGGCUGUGGCUACUCCGCACGAGGGGGCCUCUUUCAACUCCGACGGCCUUUGA